AUGUGUUAUGGUGUUGGCUAUUUUGACUGUGUUACUAACCUAAAAUACAUCCUGAUUAUUUACAGAGAUUACAAUGACCACAAGGCAGUCAAGGAAGCUUCGGGCUCUACCACCUCCCUUAAUUCGCUAGGCAGUUACGACACUGGUACUACCAAGAAUGUGCAAACCCUUUCCCUGAUCUAUAAAUUACAUAUUGGUUGUGAUCAGGACUCCACCAAAAUAAACUGUGUAUUUGGGUGUGGCUACCAGAGCACAGUAGGUCCAGGUGUUGAGUGCCAUGCGACAGGUAGUGCAAAUAGAAUUGUAGUCGCUCUUGCACCAGCCGGCAGACGCCACAAGCAACGGCAGACUUGCAACACGAAGAGACAAGACGAUGGCAAGGAUUCGAGUGGCUACGGCUCCAGGGAUUCCCUUGUGUCAUCCUCCAGAGUCAAGGAUGAGGUCGAGGGUUACAGAAGGACACGUUCCGACCUGACUCCGGAUAUUAUCGCCAAGGCCAACGAAGAGUACGACAGAGACCAAAGAGCUGCGUCCAAGUUAAAUUCAUGGGACAAGUCUCGACCGGUAUCAUGGUCAGCCCAAGACCUAAGGAAGGCCGUAGACGAUGCCAAGGAACAGAUUCGGUCUUCGAGAGAAGACCUCCACCGACUCUAUGGCAGCACCAAAUCGUUAUCUCAGGGCCUGGAUAGCGACCUCAGGGACAGCUCAAAUGACCUAUCCACGAAGAACGACUCCACCUACUCCUUCUCCUCGUACCUGGCCAUGCGCACCAAAUCCCCCGCUCGGCCUCCGCUGGCCCGAACGUCCUCCUUGCAAGGCACCGCGUCCACGUCCUCGUCGGCGAGACGGAGUGAGGAGGAGGCCGCCCCAUCCAUCAAGGAAGAGAAGGAGAAGGAGACGAAGAGCUAUUCGAGUUAUUCGAGUUAUUCGAGCGAAAGCAAGAGUUCGAGGCUCUCCUCUCUAGCGCCCAUUUCGGAGGCGAAGUCGAGCCGCCUGUCGACGGAGGACAAGGGCGACAAGGCGGAGGCGGCGACGGCCAACGGGAAGCCCCCGAAGCCCCCGUCGCGACUCAAACUCUCGUCGAAGCUCCUAGACAUCAAGGAGACGCCCAAGGAAGAAAAGCCCAAGAAAAAUAUCCUAAGUCUUAAGGGCGAAGGAUACGGGAGCAGUUCAGAGGUGAAGAGCGAGGAUGACUCCGCCGACGCCACCUACGUCAUCAAGCUGGCCAAACCGAAGAAGGAACCGAAGAAGGUGGAGAUCGACCUCCAGUCCGAGCUCGAGCGCGUGCAGCAAGAACUCAAGGAGAAGAACAAGGAGAUUAAAGAACUCGAAGAACGCACCGAGAGGCUGGAGAGCGAGAACAAGGAGCUCUCGGCGAAGAAACCCAAGUUCGGGGACGUCCGGAAGCACACCGAGCUCUCCAAGUUGCAACAGAAGCUCGACGACCUCAGUGACGAAAUGAAGAGCAAGAAUAAGGAAGUGAAAGACCUGAAGAAGGAGAUAGACAAACGGCCGUUGCCAAAGGACGUGGAAAAAACCAUGGAGGACUUGAGAUCGAAGCUCCAGGCGGCAGAACAGCUGUGCGAAGAACUGAUGGACGAGAACGAAGAUUACAAGAAGGAAGUCCGAGCUCUCGAGGAGGAGAUCGAGGAGAUGCAAGACAACUUCAGGGAGGAGCAGGCGGACGAGUACAGAGACCUCAAGCGGGAACUCGAGCAGACUGCCAAGAACUGCCGCGUCCUGCAGUUCAAGCUCAAGAAGGCAGAGCGGCGCUCCGAUACGCUGGAGCGAGACAAGGGCGAGAUCGAGGAGAAGCUGAAGGAACUACAGGUCGGCGACGGAGACGUUGACCGGUCGGAGAAGGUCAAGACGCUGGAGAAGGAGCGAUCGCAGCUGAUGGCUCGCCAAGGCAGCCAGGAUAACACCGACCAGCUGCUCCGCGACCUUAAAGAUGCUGGGGAGCGCGAGCAGGACCUGAAGGACCAGCUGAAGUUCGCUGAGGAGGAGACCAAAAACCUGAGGAAGAAGCUGUCUCGAGUCGAGGAGGAGAACGAGACCCUGGCGCUGCAGCUGAAGAAGAUGACAACGAAGGCCAAGGCCAACCGACAGAGGUCCCUCGAGCGCUCGGGAUCUCUGGAGCGCUCGAGUUCCGUGGAGCGAGGAACACUCAGCCGCCAGGGAUCCACCGAGAAGCCGUCGGCGAAGGAACCCGACGAAGGAAUCACCGAGGAUCUCGACCCGACCGAACUGAAGAUUCAACUGGAGCUGAACGAGCAGGAAGCCGCUGUCUUGAGACGAAAGGUGGAGGAUCUGGAGAGCGAGAACGAACGCCUUCAGAAGAACAUCAAAGAAGUCCUUUCCACCACGGACUCCAAAUCCAGAAAGGCUGACGUGCCCCUCGACAUCAAGAAACUGGAGAAGGAAAUGGAAAUCCUCAAGACAAGGGUCGAACAAACGGAGACAGAAAACGAGAAGCUGAGUGAUGAAAACAAGAGACUGCAGCUGAAGGCCGUGAAGCGUCUGCCUCUCACGGGCGGCGAGACAAGUUACAUCGAGAGACAGGUGAUGGAGGACAAGGUGCGGCGUCUGGAGAAGAAGCUGAAGGAGGCGACCACCAAGCUGAAGGACGCCCAAGUGAACGCUGCAGUGGCCGGAGGCGAGCUCGAGGGUAAGGCCGGGGAGGCUGGAGGCGUCGCUAGCAAGAAGCUCAUGGACGAAGUGAAAGAGAAAGAUAAUACAAUCGGGGAUCUGAAAAAGAAAGUCGAUAGCUUACAAGAACAGUACGAUAAGGUGCGGAAAGAGUGCGAUGACAUGAAAAACGCCACGGCUUACAAAGACAGGACUCCCAAGAAACCCAGAGACCUGACGCCCAAGUCCACUCUGGUAAAAUGGGUUGACGAAUUAGAGACCGAGUGCGCCACGCUCAAUGUGAAACUUAAGUUCUUGGAAAUCGAGAAACAAGUCUUAGAGGAAAUGACGCAAGGGAAACGAGAUCCGAAUAACGCCGUCGAUGGCGAAAUGUGCCACCUGCUCUUUGCCGAGAACGAGAACCUAAAAUCGCACUGCAAGUUCCUCAAAGACAAAGCCGACGCCAAGGAAGCCGAGACCCGGCAGCAAAAGCGUAGAGUGAGGGAGCUCGAGGGAGAGAGGGAGAAAAUGGAGGAGCAGAUGAAAGUUUUUAAGGAGACUGAGCGGAAAGUCGUUGAGGUACUGAACUCGGAGGAAAGAGCGUAUAAGAGGGCCUCGGAAUACACGCCCAAAUCAGCCCUAAGACAAAUGGUAGACGAACUGAAUCGCGAAUGUGAUGAAAAAGGCACGAUGACCACCUCUUGUGACGAGAACAAGGUGCGCCUCCAACCCACCAAAGACAUAUGGCUGUCAACCUUAUCGUCUAAAUGA